AUGAAGAACCUAUGCUAUUUGGUCCCCGAGAUCUCCAUAGGUGACUAUGAACUGCACAUCCAGUCUCGUCAAAAUGUGGUGUUGAUUUUGAAGUAUUUAAUCCAUGUUGCUUUAUCCUAUGAGCGAUUAAGUAAAAAGCUGUACCGUUAUCAAAUGCUCUUAAGUGACUACAACCAUAUCAUUGUCAUGCAGCCAUUGGCUGCUUUCCAAGACAGCGAUCAAAUUGAGAAGCGGUUCCACGGUUACUGUACUGCACGGAGAUUUGAAAUACCUAGAAAGGCUACGAUGAUUGAACGCAAACCAUUUGGUUCGAAGGACGAAGGUCAUGGCAGUUACUAUCAUUGGAUGCUUAGCGCUGCGUCAUAG